CAUCAACAUCAUCGAUUUCCUAGUUUUAUACCCAACGGGUCUCGAUCUUUCCUACCUACUCUUUCUUGUAUCCAUAAGGAAGGCCCUAUCAACCCGCAUUUUAUGUGACCAUUAGAAAUUCGGUUCCCUCCACAUCUACACCCACAUUCUCCCUUCGGCCUACACCCACCGCCACCAUGGGUGUUCCCAAGUUUUUCAGAUGGCUCUCAGAGCGCUAUCCAGGUAUCUCGCAGUUGAUUGCCGAGAACCGUAUUCCAGAGUUCGACUGUCUGUAUCUCGACAUGAAUGGUAUCAUCCACAAUUGUACCCACAAAGACUCCGAUUCACCUUCGUUUCGGAUGACCGAAGACAAAAUGUUCAUAGCCAUUUUCAAUUACAUCGAACAUCUUUUUGGCAAGAUCAAGCCCAAAAAACUCUUCUUUAUGGCAAUCGACGGUGUUGCGCCGAGAGCCAAGAUGAACCAGCAGCGAGCUCGACGUUUCCGCACCGCUCUUGACGCAGAAAAGGCCCGUGAAAAGGCUAUCAAAGAGGGCCUUGAACUUCCAAAGGAGGAUCCAUUCGACUCAAAUUGCAUCACUCCAGGAACCGAGUUCAUGGCUAAACUCACCAAACAAUUGAAAUACUUCAUCAGCAAGAAGGUAUCGGAAGACGUUGAUUGGCAGGGUGUUGAAGUUGUCCUGUCCGGUCACGAGGUGCCUGGAGAAGGAGAACACAAAAUCAUGGAAUACAUUCGUCAAGCGAAGGCUCAACCAAACUAUGAUCCGAAUGUUCGACACUGCUUGUACGGUCUCGAUGCGGAUCUUAUUAUGUUAGGACUUCUCAGUCACGAUCCUCAUUUCUGUCUGUUGCGAGAAGAAGUGACCUUUGGCCGGCAAACUAGUAAGAAGUCUACCGAGCUCGAGCAUCAAAACUUCUUCCUCAUGCAUUUGUGCAUUGUCCGAGAAUAUCUCGAAUUGGAGUUUCAGGAACUGGAAAAAGAAGGUGCUCUUGAUUUCCCCUUUGACAUGGAACGAAUCAUCGACGACUUUAUUUUGAUGGCUUUUUUUGUGGGAAACGACUUUUUGCCCAACCUACCAAAUCUUCACAUCAAUGAAGGAGCGCUGGCGCUCAUGUUUCAGAAGUACAAGCAUGUUCUUCCGGGUCUUGGUGGCUACAUCAACGAGCAUGGCGUCAUCAAUUUGCAGAGACUGGGCGUUUUGUUGGACGAGCUAUCUGAAGUCGAGCAUCGAUUCUUCCAGGCGGAAUAUUCCGAUGCUAAAUGGAUUAACGCGAAACGAGGCGAGAUAGCGGAUGAACCACAAAUCAAGGCGGCUCGUGGGCCUGUCAGAAUAUCUCCUGAACAGAAGAAAUUGUUCAAAGGUAUCAAAAAAUACUUUGUAGCCCCUGCAAACAAAGACCCAGACACACAACAACCGUUCAACCUCCCCUCCACCCUUCCUGCUCGAGAUCGAGCGUUUGUUCAACAACUCGCUACCGACCUCAAUUUGCAGUGGUCGACACAGGAGGAUUCCGAAGGCAACCGCUUCAUCCAGCUGAAUUUCCCAACAGUCGAUGGCGAGCAAGAGUCCGAAGAUGAAGAGUCACAGCUCGCAAUCACACGAGUCCUCAAGCGAUAUGACAACGCUAAAGUCGAAGAAGCAACAGACGAGCAAGCUCAAGAAGAUCUCAAGAAGAAAUACGAUGAAAAGUUUAUCCAAUGGAAGGACAAGUACUACCAAGAAAAAUUUGGAUGGGGAACUGAAAAUGACGAAGGAAUGAAAGUUUUGACGGAAAACUACGUCCAGGGUCUCCAAUGGGUCCUUUAUUACUACUAUCGAGGAGUAGCAUCAUGGCCAUGGUACUACGCCUCACAUUACUCGCCUAUGAUUUCUGAUGUGAAGAAAGGCCUCGGGGCUGAUAUGAAUUUCCAACUGGGACAACCAUUCAGACCAUUUCAGCAAUUGAUGGGGGUGUUGCCGGAUCGAAGCAAAUCAAUCGUGCCACAGAUCUACCAUGAACUGAUGACUUCCAAGGAUUCGCCCAUCAUCGACUUUUACCCGCGCGACUUUGUGCUCGACAUGAAUGGCAAGAAGAUGGAGUGGGAAGCAGUGGUCAAGAUUCCAUUUAUUGACGAGAAACGCCUUCUCUCGGCCAUGGCCACCAAGGACCCAUUGCUUACAGAAGAUGAAAAACGGCGCAAUGAUUUUGGGGUCAGUUUGAAAUUCACGUAUUCGUCCGAGCUCGACUUUACAUAUCCUUCUUCUCUGGUUGGCAUUUUCCCGGAUCUUCCGCACUGUCAUUGCAUAGAGAAUGAAUUUGAGCUGCCGACCAUGGACGGUCUGGAGCCUUUUGUCGGGCUUGUGGAGGGCGUCAAACUCGGGGCUGCCGCUUUGGCUGGAUUCCCAAGUCUCAAAUUCCUUCCAUUUACAGCAUCGUUAGGUUUUCACGGCGUCAAUGUGUUUCAGCAAGAUAGCCGGAAUGAGAGCAUGGUAGUCACGUUGUCUGACACUGAAACGAGGACGAAAGUGGAAUAUGCCAAGCUACACCUCAAUCAACGAGUCUAUGUUGGAUACCCCUUUCUUCAAGAGGCGAAGAUUGUCAAGGUUUCGGACGAGUUGUUCGACUACACACUCCCGGAAUCAGGGCCUCGUCAGGUUCAUGCCACUGAACACUCGGGGACUGAGAUAGACCAAUUCCACAAGAAGGCGGAGCGCAUCGAGAAAUUCUACAGCAAAAGAUUGGGAAUCUUGGUUGGUGAGGUGGAGUCACUAGUUCAAGUGGAAAUGCUCAAGGGACUCAAGAAGUUAGACGAUGGUUCUACUGUCAAGGAGUUUACAGAGCUGCCAGGACUCGAGACGGUGCAUGCGACACAGCUGGUGGUGGACAAGAUCAUCAGCGAAGAUGUUCGCUUCAUCGAGCAAGCGGCGACGCCGAUUGAGCAAGAGUUCCCUGACGGGACCAAUGCAUUCUUCCUGGGUGAGUACGCUUACGGGCGACCGGUCAGUGUGGUGGGCCAUGAAAAUGGCAAGGCCAAGUGCUUGAUCGCACUAUCCAAAGGACGGCAAGUGGAGUUUGGUCGAGAGAUUGCGCGGCAAGCAGAAAAGCUGUCGCCGUAUACUCCUUCAUAUCAAGUUGCACGAAGCCUGAACCUGAACUCGCUCGCGCUGGCCAAGAUCACGUCAUCGUUUUCUGUGCGUGUUGAUGAUGCCAGGGUCAAUCUUGGGUUGAACCUCAAGUUUGAAGCGAAGAAGUUGAAGGUGCUAGGAUAUUCGAGAAAGAGCGAGAGUGGAUGGGAAUUCAGUCGCGCGGCGGUGGAACUGAUCCAGCAGUACAUGAUCAAGUUCCCAGCCUUUAUCGCAGGGGUUCACAACAAUCCACAAGGCGACAUGCUACCUGCAACAGCAUACUUCCCUGGAGAUGAAGCCGAGGCCAAGGCCAAGGUGCGGGAGAUCCAGGCAUGGCUCAAAGAAGGCCCAAUGAAGAACUUUGAAAAGGUCCCUCUGGAAGCAGAACAGCUCGAUUCGGAAGUGGUCAAGUUGAUUGAAAAAGCUGCCGAUGAAGCGCUGAGAACAGACGUCGCGCCAGAGAACAAGACGAUCGGAGGUGUUCCACGCAACGGAUUGUUGAAGCCAUCAGAUUCUCAGUGGCGCUUGGGAAGUCAGAAGUUCGCGUUGGGAGACCGAGUCAUCUAUGUUGCCGACUCGGGCAAAGUGCCGAUUGCGUCUAAAGGGACUGUGGUCGGACUUACGCAGACUAGUCGGGACACAUGGCUUGAUGUGGUAUUUGAUGUUUCGUUUAUGAGUGGAACUUCACUGGGUGAUCGAUGCUCACCUUUCCGGGGAUCUACAGUGCCGACGUGGUCGGUGCUGAAUCUCAGCAACAAGCAAGUGCUGGCAUCAUCAAAAGCAAGCGCCAGUCGACAGACGAACGGAUCCAACAUCAGGCCUCUGACUGUUUCUGGCUAUGGACUGCCAGGCGUUGAUGGACGGGGUCAACUUCAUGCAGCUAGCGCGCCACCCCCAUUGCGAGGAUCAUGGCGUGGAGCGGUUGCGGGACAAGUCAAUGGACGAGGACAUUUGAAUGGCAUGUCACAAGCUGGACAGAGUCUGCCAAUUCGCAACAUGUCCAACUCAGCGACCAGCGGUCCUCGUGGAAACGGUGCCAACGGCCAGGGAUCUGGUAACCGUGGUGGUCGAGGGAUGUCAACACAUACCACACGAGGAGGGUAUGCGUCUGUGGAUCGAGGUGAUGCAUCGACAGGAGUGGUACAGAACAAUCCGAAUUUCCGGCCACGACCACAAAACAAGGUACCACCACCAGCCAGUCUGAACAAUCCGACGUCUGGGUCUCGAGGAAGGGGUAGAGGGCGGGGCGGAUCCCGGGGUGGCCGAGGUGGCAGUCAGCCUCAAGGGGCAGCCUGAUCCUGUAGAUGAUGAGACCAAGCAUGUGCAAGGACGCCAGUGGUUCCCGAAGCAAAUUCAGGAGCGGAUGGUGUGGCUGUUAGCUUAGGGUCCAACCCAAGGGCUAGGGUGCGACAGUAUGCGUACCUUUGAUAUUUAUGAGUCAAGAAGGUCAGUCACAGAUGAUGUGCAUCUUAUCGGUCAACUGUGGGGAGGACGAUAAAGGGAUUUCGAGUUGAGGUGCGAUUGGCUGUUCAGGCUAGAGGUUAGAUACGACAUUGAACGGGCGCCCCGCAGUCGGGCAUGAGAUCCACCACGAUUUAAUUUCUUGAUCCCGCUGCCAGGUAGAGGAGCAGAGACAGAGAGAGCACAUGGAUGUCUGUUUUUCUUGUCAGAUGGACAGAUGUGAUGAUUCCGUCCGUGGCUGCAUGAGGGUCGGGACGCAGACACAAGUCCUGCCCAGGCGCAGGCAGUCUUGCAUCAGACAGGACAGGAUGUGGUUGACGGGUUGACCAAUGGAUGGCACACAGUAGACCAGGCUAGGGUGGGGUGGAAAGGAGGCUGUCGGGGCGUCCUUGGCUCGGUGGAUGUUUGAGAGGACGAACAUGUAUGGGUAUGCGUAUGUGUAUGCGUGGUGAUGAAGUUGAUGGAGAGAAUGUGAGGUCAAAGUGUGCAUCUCGUGAUAUGCAUGUCAUUUUGAUGCAGCAUGGGAUGCGCUGGGAGGCCAAAUGAGCAAGAGCGACUUCGACUGCCACGGGCCCAUCAGGCAAGUGCGUGCAAAGAAUCUGAUUGGCCAUGCCUCCAUUUUCAGGUGCAAGUGGAAGGAACCCUG